GUGGAUGAGAUGUUCCCCGAGGGAGCCGGCCCUUACGUGGACCUCGACGAGGCAGGGGGAAGCACGGGGCUGCUGAUGGACCUGGCCGCCAACGAGAAAGCGGUGCACGCCGACUUCUUUAACGAUUUUGAAGAUCUCUUUGAUGAUGAUGACAUCCAGUGA